AUUUGUCUAAUCUCUUAACUUAAUUUGAAGUUUCAUGAUUUCUAACCUUACUGUUUUGUGUUCACUGUACAGUAGUUAAUUUGCUAGUCCCUGUUUUGCCAAGAUGUUGUAAAUUAUGUUGUAAUUAACUGUUUGAAUGGUUCUACUUCUAACACUGUAUCGGCGAUCUAUAUUCUGUCCUUUUUUUCCCAAAAGAAGAAAGAAAAAGGAUUAGUUUCCAAUUUUCCACUACUGUCAAAGUUUGUUAGAGCAAGUCAUCCGAUCAAUUUGACAGAUUCAAUGGCAGCAGCAGCAAGGUUUCGAGCAUUCGUCAAUAGUCCCAUGGGACCUAAAACAACUCACUUUUGGGGCCCUGUUUCAAACAUCGGUUUGUUUGCUUCUGCAUUGACUGAUACACAAAAACCCCCAGACAUAAUAUCCGGGAACAUGACCGGAGUAUUGUGUGUGUAUUCGUCUUUGUUUAUGAGAUUUGCGUGGAUGGUACAACCACGCAACUAUAUGCUCUUAGCAUGUCAUUCCUGUAAUGUACCAAUACAGCUAUAUCAGCUCUCUCGUUGGGCUACACAUCACGGGUACUUGGAGCAGAAAAAGGAACAGGAGGAAGAAGCUAAAGUGAAAACCUAAGAAGUUGUACAACAAAUGAUGAACUAGCUAGCUAGUAUAUUAACAUGAUAUUAAACGUAAUGUCCUGGAACCAUGGAUACUUAAGUAUUUCCGUAUCUUGUUUGUAAAUGAUUCAUAAUUUAAUCUAAUUAAAUCAUAAUGUCGUUGUUAACGACUUAAGUAGUUA